GCGUUUGCAUGUGUACAGCCGCUGUACAAUAACACACACCCGCGGAGUAUCUGACACAUAGUGCGAGUUACUUUAUUUGAAAUGCAAAGCUGUUGAAGACGUUUUUCAGGAUCAUUGUGUGAACAUCGCUGAAAUGGGUGGGCAGGUUACCCGUACCGCUUUAGAUGGUGAAACACUUCACUGCCACCCCUUGAAGGCAAGGAUAUACCCACAGAUGCCAGCCCUCCUGCCGCUCUCUUUCCAUGCCAACACUAAAGGCUCUCAGAUCAUGAUGGACAAGACACAGCGCAGCGUGCGCCGAAUUGCCAGCUUCUGCAAUGCCAUCACCUUCACCAACCGGCCAAUCAGAAUCUACGAGCAGGUCAGGCUAAAGAUCACAAAGAGACAGGGAUGUUGGAGUGGUGCCCUGCGAGUGGGUUUCAGUACGGUGGACCCGUCAGACUUGUGUUCAACGUGGCUGCCACGGUUCGCCUGCCCAGAUCUGGUCAGCGAGAGGGGAUUUUGGGCCCGAGCACUUCCUGAGGAACAAUGUGAAGAAGGAAACAUUCUUUCCUUCUGGUUGGAUAACACAGGACGAGUGUUUUACCGGGUUAAUGGCGGCUGUCCGAUCUUCUUCUUCAGCGGUGUCCCUGCCGGAGAGCCAGUUUGGGCGGUCAUUGACAUUUACGGGCUGACACGUGGAGUACAGCUACUUGACAGCAAGAUUGUGCCAGCUGAAUAUCUUUGCCCUGCUUUGACUCAUGAAGGGAUGGAUGACUGGCAUCUGUCAAGCAACUGCUCUGAGCUUGACCUCCAGGACGGUCUGCCAUCCUUCUCAAGCUCUCCAAAUGCCCUCAACUCAGUUCUGUCACGUCAGCUGAACGAUGACUUGCAUUUUCACUGUGUCCAUGGCAACGGUCUGCGUCUGCUGACAGAACACAUAGCAGUGCGUUAUUAUAACAGACGUGAGGAUUGUGCUCUGGUGUUCACGCAUCGACCGUUGCGCUGUGGAGAGUGUGUGUUCCUAAAGGUCUCGUUGAGGUCAUCUGCCCUGAAUGGAUUUUUGUCUUACGGAUUCACUUCCUGUAACCCGGCCCAUAUUAACCCAAAGCACCUGCCGGUCAAUCCAGACGACCUGCUGGACCGCAAAGAAUUUUGGGCUUUUAGCUGCCUGACUUCACCACUUGUGGGCGGGGAUAUCAUCGGUUUCCGGGCAACUGCAGAAGGGGAGGUGCUUGUGAGUCAUAAUGGAGGGAGAGCCUGUAGAGAGAUAUGUGUGGAUAAUUCCACUCCUCUGUGGAUGAUCUUCGAUUUACACACUCACAUCAAGCAAAUCAGUAUACUGGGCACGUCCUUUGGUUACAUUGCAUCCAGUUCAGAAACACAGAGGUCCAUCUUUAGUGAUGCCAGUCACACCUCAGCCAAUCAGAGACACAGAACAGUCAUGGGCUUUACUGACAUCUUUCAGCUCCGCCCACAGAGCCUCAGCAGUUCUGCAGGGACAACAUUCAGUUCACUGUCCUCAGAAUCUCCAAAUACCCCAUCAUGCUAUGCGAAUACUGGUGAGGAGUGUUUGAUUUGCUGUGAGAGGGCAGUGGACUCAGUGCUGUACGCGUGCGGACACAUGUGUGUGUGCUCAGUGUGUGGUGGCAAGCUGACGGAGAUGUCAAACCCGUGUUGUCCCAUGUGUCGCAGCCCAAUCAGAGACAUCAUCAAAAUUUACCGCAGCAUGUAACCUGGCAACAAACAGGAUCCCAGUACCUGGAUGGUUCUGAAGAGGCCCUUAACAGGUCAUUGUCCUGUUCCAAAAGGAUUUCCCAUUCCCACAUGUCCAUUUUAAAGGCUGCUUGUUUGAGCUCUGCAAGGGAGAGGCACUAAAUGGCUGCUUAAAACGACUAACCAAAAAUGCAGAGAAAACCCAGAAGUGACUGUGCAUAUGCGAAUGGCACAAUAUUAAUACAUGACAUUAAUACAAUCUCAGAUUCUAUAAAUCAUAAAUCUUAUGGCUAAAUGUGCACAAUGGAAAGUCAAGGUACUAUGAGACUAAUUCUGAUUUUCAGUUUGAUAAUGUCCUAGUAACUUCAUACAAAACUUUUCACAUAUUUUUGUCAAUGUUUGUUCCCCCACCAACUAUUCACAUUUAUCAGGAAAUAAAUAUUUGUUUGACCUGUAUACUUUAAAUCAAUCCAGGGUCCGAAUCUAUGUGGAUUGUGGAUUUGAUCUGUUGCUAAUUCUUUUCUUUUUUUUUUCUGCAAAACAUUAAACUGAAAAACUAGAAAUGUUUUUACAUACCAAAGUGGACAUUCACAAUAUUGUA